AUGUUUUUACACAAAAUCAGCCAAAUUUCAGGGAAAAAUACAAGAAAUAACUAUAUUUACGGUUAUUAUUUAAAUAAAUCUAUAUAUGGUUUUUUUAGAAAGGAAUUUGGUGGGGUUUUAGGGGCCCGUUAUGGGACAAAUACACCCCAAUAUCAUGAACCUAAGUCAGUUUUAUUUGGAGAGGAUAAGGAGCCUCAGGAUUGGCUUCCUAUUUGGAAGUAUGGAAUGGGAGGAUUUAUGCUUGUAGCGACUAUAUUAUAUAUAUAUAAACCAAAGACAGGUAUAAGGACACAAGCUUUAGAAGAAGCGAAAAAACGGGUUUAUGGGGAAGGAAAGAAUGAUAUAGAUAAUAAAAAAUAA